AUGGCCUGGUGGGGCGAGAAUGGGUGUGACCUGGUGGGGGAUCAGGUGAGCGCCAUUAGGGGUACAAGGGUUCAGGGGACGAGUUUGGCUUUCUCCUCCCCAACCACAGACACUGGGAGGAAGUCAUACACUUUGCAUGUUCUGAUGUUUUCUUGUACUGAUGCUCAUGAGUCAAGGAGGUAUAGGGAACAUGACUUGAGAGCCGCACAAGAUCUUUCUGAGUUUAUUCUUAGCAAGGCUUCACCUCCAUACUUUAUGGGAUCCCCACCAGUUCGUGCAACCAAUCCUCUUGUUCAUGAUGCACAAUUCUGUGCGUGGAAAGUGCACAACGUAGAUCAGUCAAUAGGAAUUCCUAUACCAGCCAAGAGUUACAAUGCUCGCUACUGUGCAGGAACAGAAUCUUUUACGAAGGCUUGA